CUGUACUUUGAAACUGUGGCUGCGGGGAUUUCGACUGGCUGUUUCCGAAUUGAAUCCCUUGCAUUUUGCAGCGGCGUGCAGAGACUGGGAUAUUAUUAUGGUCUACUGAAGUAUUUUCGCUAAAGAAUAUGUGAAAAGAAGGUUGCAUGAGCCGCUUUAGAUUAUUUUCUGAUAUUUUAAAAAUUGCAAUAAUUUACAUUUUUUUAAAAGAGGGGGAGAAAUAUCUAUUACUUGUGUGAAGGGGAGAGGGAAAGUGUUUACCAUCAUUGUUGUCGGCUUCAAGAUGCACACUGUGGAAAAGUGUGCGCCGAGCCGGAGAAGCUUUGCUCAGCACCGUCUCAGAUAUUUUCAUACGGAAAAAGAGUGAAGGGUUAUCUUUAAAGUUUAGCCCUUUACAUAUGGAUUUAUCAUGACUUAGUAGCUACCCAGUAUCACCGGAAACUUGAACAUCGACACUUCGAGCCUGUCCUCACAAGAGAAAGGCGAGUACCACAGCCGGAUCAAUUGAAACCAUCAGCAAAUGUGCAAGGGUGGAAUACUGCAUUUCUUUGCUUGGAACAUUAUUUUGUUGAUUUUAUGUGGUAAAAUAAUCGCUUUAAAAACACAGCUUUGCGAAAAUGUGCUACUAGCAUCAGACUACUGUAUGUUUCAUUUCUGUUUGAUUCGGAAGAUCCACUGUUCCGCCAGAAAGCUCCGGUAAUUGGCGAAUUCGCCAAGUCUGCUGUGCCGAAUCGUUUGAACGACGAAAUACAGCGGAAUUGACAGGAUGUGACGCAGACCUUCUGAGAUGUUGGAACCUCCAAUGAAACACAGAGACUCCCGAUGGAUGGGGUUAUACCACGUCAGAGAACUGAAGUGACCAUUAUGCCAGGCGAUGGCAUCUUUGCAAGUCUGCUUGUAUACCCCUGGGAAGAAUGGUUUGCACAGAUAAUGUAUUCCCAUUUGAAGCGAGAAAAAACAGCGGAACCUUAAUUGCCAGAGAUGAGGGUUUUUUAAAUGUUACAGCACUGCAUCCCAGGGUGUGAAUUGCCAUGGCUGAGGGUUCAUCUGACAACAGUUCACAUGUUUUGGGUGUUUCCACAGAGAGAGGAACUGUCACCCCUACCAUACAGGAGAACUUUGAGGGUCUCAGCCUACCCCUCCGAGUAUUCCUAUUGAUCAUCAUUAUUUCUAUCCUGCUUGUCUCCUUCCUAGGGAAUGUGGUCGUCUGUUUGAUGGUCUACCAGCGUUCAGCUAUGCGGUCAGCCAUUAACAUUCUCCUUGCUAGCCUGGCUUUUGCAGACAUGAUGCUGGCCAUCUUAAACAUGCCCUUCGCCCUGGUCACUGUGGUCACCACCCAGUGGAUCUUUGGAGAGGUGUUUUGCAGAGUAUCAGCUAUGUUCUUUUGGCUGUUUGUCAUGGAAGGAGUGGCCAUCUUACUUAUCAUUAGCAUUGAUCGGUUUCUCAUAAUCGUUCAGAAACAGGACAAGUUAAGCCCCUACAGGGCUAAAGUGCUAAUUGGUGUCUCCUGGGGUAUUUCAUUCUGUUUCUCCUUUCCUUUGGCCAUUGGCAAGCCCAACUUGCAGGUCCCUUCCAGGGCUCCGCAAUGUGUGUUUGGCUACACGACAGAGCCAGGCUACCACACCUAUGUCGUGCUCAUCAUGUUAGUCUUUUUUUUCAUUCCGUUCAUGGUCAUGUUGUACACCUUCAUGGGCAUCCUGAACACUGUACGCCACAAUGCCAUCAGAAUCCAUAGCCACACUGACAGCAUCUGCCUCAGCCAGGCAAGCAAGCUGGGUCUCAUGAGCCUACAGAAGCCUUUCCAGAUGAACAUAGACAUGAGUUUCAAGACGCGUGCCUUUACAACUAUCCUGAUUUUGUUUGCGGUUUUCACAGUGUGCUGGGCUCCCUUCACGACUUACAGCCUGGUUUCAACCUUCAACAGUGGAUUCUAUUACAAGUCUGACUUCUUUGAAAUUAGUACCUGGCUUCUGUGGCUAUGCUACCUCAAGUCUGCACUCAACCCUCUGAUUUACUACUGGAGGAUAAAGAAGUUUCGAGAUGCCUGUUUAGAUUUAAUGCCCAAGUACUUCAAGUUCCUUCCUCAGCUGCCUGGCCACACAAGGAGACGAAUUCGGCCAAGCGCCAUCUAUGUCUGUGGAGAGCACCGGUCUGUUGUAUAACGCACAACUGUAAAAGAUUUGAAAACUGCCAUUACAUGCCAUUCUCAUGUUUGUUUGCAAUGUGAACUAUAUCAAAACACUAUAUUUUCUAAACAUGACAUGUUGUGAGUUAUAAACGAGUGGUUUACAUGAUGUAAUAUCUUAUUUCUAGGAAGAUAAAAUGUGACAAAAAACAAAGUAAAAAAUAUUUUUUAUUUAGGCCAUUUAUUUGUGCCUAUGAGUUCAUGACAGUCUGAAUGCUGCUAUAUUUUGUGAAAAUGUGCAAUUUAAGUGUACUGUACUUUUUUCCUGAAUAUAAUAAAAUGUAGACGUUUGUUACA